AUGCUACGUCCACUCUCUUUAUUGGCUCUUGCAGCCCCGUUGGCUCAUGGAGCAUCUAUUGCCGGGUCCUUUUCAGAUGGAGGAGAUACGCUAGUUAGCGCAAUGAUGAUGUUCCUUGGGAACGAAGAAAAGGUGUAUAUCCUCGACAAAGCAGAAGGAAAUGCAGCACAAGUAAUGGGUCAUCCGGCGUGGGGAUCUGUAUGGGACAUUCAAACCCAUGAAACAGAAGUUAUGGACGUGAGGACGAACGUAUUCUGCUCAUCCGGCAUGCAUUUGCCUAAUGGCUCGUUUGUGACGUUUGGCGGAAACGGAGCCGUUGGACCAGGGGGAAACCUUGGUUCACAACUCAACCCAGGAGGAUACUCUGCUGCAUGGGAUUCCACAUACCAAGAUUUUGACGGGACAAGGGCCAUUCGCGUUUUGAAUCCGUGCAGAAGCUCGGACACCUUUUCCUCCCCAAAUUGCCAGUGGUUCGACGAUCCCACUGUGCUCUCAAUGAAAAACAGUCGGUGGUACUCUGCUGCAGAACCCACUGGUGAGGGAAACAUUGUCAUUAUCGGCGGAUUUGUCAACGGUGGAUACAUAAAUCGUAAUUACCCCAACGUCGAUCCAGAAAGGCAAGGAGGAGCUGCCGACAGCACGUACGAAUAUUACCCACCGGUCGCGGAUGCGCCUCGAACGUUCCGGUUCCUGAUUCAAACGUCUGGCCUCAACGCGUACGCCCAUACUUUCCUUAUGCCCUCAGGCAAGAUGCUUGUACAGGCCAAUGUUUCCACAGUGCUAUGGGAUCAUGUCACCAACACAGAAACACCACUCCCAGACAUGCCCGGCGGUGUCGUUCGCGUCUAUCCCGCGUCGGGUGCCACAGCAAUGCUUCCUCUUACCCCGGCCAACAAUUAUACACCUACAGUAUUAUUCUGUGGUGGAAGUGACAUGCCAGACUAUGCUUGGGGCAACUACACUUACCCUUAUAUCAACACUUGGGAGUAUCCAGCUUCAAAGGAUUGUCAACGCUUGACUGCUGAACCCGUGGACCAGUCUGCUCCAGUUUACGUGAAAGACGACGACAUGCUGGAAGGACGGACCAUGGGCCAAUUUGUCAUACUGCCUACCGGAAAGUUAUUGAUUGUCAAUGGAGGCCUCAAUGGUACGGCGGGAUACUCUCAGGCAACUCUUGUGACACCUUCGUACGAUCUCAUGCCCUACGGAGAAUCAUUGGCAUCUGGGCCUGUCCUUACUCCUGCUAUCUAUGACCCAAACGCGCCGAAAGGAAGUCGAUGGUCAAACAAAGGACUUGGAGUAUCGACUAUUCCUCGCCUAUAUCACUCCUCAGCCAUCUUGCUUCCAGAUGCAUCUGUAUUGAUCGCCGGAUCCAAUCCCAACGUUGACGUGAAUUUGACCACUGUGUUCCCUACGACAUACAAGGCAGAAGUUUUCUACCCUCCAUACUUCUCAGCGGCGACCCGCCCGGCGCCUGUUGGUAUACCCAAGACGCUUUCAUAUGGCGGGCCUUCGUUCGAUAUCACCAUACCUGCCACCUCAUACUCUGGCUCCGCCAAUGAUGCCGCAGAUUCCGCUUCUGUUGUCAUCCACAGAGGAGGUUUCACUACACACGCCAUGAACAUGGGUCAGCGUCUCCUCCAGCUUAAUAACACAUACACUGUCAAGAGCGAUGGCUCCAUCAUACUCCAUGUGGCACAGGUUCCCCCAAAUCCCAACCUCUUCCAGCCUGGGCCGGCCUUCAUGUUUGUUAACAUCAACGGCAUCCCUAGCAAUGGUUCUUAUCUUAUUGUCGGUAAUGGAAAGAUUGGCACUCAGCCAGUCGCCGCUGCCAGUGUGCUCCCUCCCAACGUGCGCCUUGCAUCUGCCUCUGGAUCUGCAUCUGGUACCUCCACCACCCCAGGAGGGUCCUCAGAUCCUGAGAAAUCAUCGAGUUCUAACCUGGGCGUCAUCAUCGGGUGUGUAGUGGGAGGAGUUGCGCUCGUCGGUGUCGUUGGUGCUGUCAUUGGUGUCUGCCUUGCCCGCCGUCGCCGUGCCGCAGCGCGUCAUGGAACAGGUGCAGUUCCGCCAGCGUCCUCAUACCCUAUGACCUCUGCGGAAGGCAUGUCAUUAACUGGCAGCGGUGCUCCUGUGAUGGGAACGCGUGCAGGGAUGCGAAGUUCGGAUUCAAGUGCAUUCAUGCCUCUACAGCAAGACAAUCGCAGCCAGGCAUGGAACGCGAGUACAACGAGCUUAAACGCGCCGUAUAGGGACGAUCACGAUGCCUACGAACCCAGCAGACCGAGCGGGACAGGCAUGAGUAUAAACUACGACCCCUAUGCGACGACCCCUAUGCAGCACGAGACACCGCCUCCGAGUGGUUUGAGAUAUUAA